AUGCAAAUGAAAGGGAGGUCAUAUCGGUGGUACAAGAAUGUUGUCAUUCAAACAAGACUAUUGAAUGUGGCUACAAAUCUGUCGAAAGUAACAAGACAACCAAAACAUAAAGUAGCAUUGAUGAUUGGCUACUGUGGUGAUAAUUAUCAUGGAAUGCAGUACAAUGCUGACGUUCAGACGAUCGAAGGUGCAUUAUUCAGAGCACUCUGUCAAGCUGGAGCCAUAUCAAAGGCUAAUUCAACAAAUUUUAAUAAGAACAAGUUCAUGAGAACCACAAGAACCGACAAAGGCGUCCAUGCAGUAUGCAAUUUGAUCUCACUGAAGAUGAUAAUUGAGGAUCCAGACAUCAAAGAGAGAGUAAACAGCUUCCUUCCUGCCGAUAUUACACUUUGGAAUAUACAGCGCGUCAAUAAGAAGUUUAAUUGUAGGACAGCUUGUGAAUCACGCUUGUAUGAGUAUGCUUUACCGACCUUUGUGCUUCAGAAUCCACCCAGCCAGAGUAUUCUUUCCAGGAUGCUCCAAUUAUUCGGCCAUAGCCCAAUAGUACACCAAUAUAGCAUGCAAGAUUCAACGCUCUCAUCAAAAAAGUUUUGCCACUUCGAGAAAUGCCUGUCUAUGUACACAGGAACUCACAAUUUCCAUAAUUUCACUUCUAACAAAGCUUCCUGUGCCGAUAAUUCGUACAGAUACAUGAAAGCUAUCGCUGUCUCCCAGCCAUACUUGAAAAAUAAUCUCGAAUGGAUAUCAAUAAAAUUCCAUGGGCAGUCCUUCAUGCUGCAUCAAAUCCGAAAGAUGGUAGCUCUUGCUACCAUUGUGACAAGGUAUGAUUAUCCAUGCGAUACUGCCCUCAAAUGUUUCGAAAACAAGAAAACAUACAUCCCCAACGCUCCAUCGAUGGGAUUGACACUACUUUCCCCCAUGUUCAGUUCAUACAACAGAAAAUUAACUUCUCUGGGCUACAAUGCCAUAACUCACGAACUGCAUCAAACAAAAAUGAAAAUUUUCAAGAAUAACUUUAUAGAUAACAGGACUCACGAUCAUUCAAAGUCUCUCCAAGAGUAUUCACGAUUCUUAACAUUUCUUGAUAGUCAUAGUUGGCUAACAGAGCUUUAA